CCCAAACAGUGUCACAAGUCACAAGUCACAACCUCCAUUCUUCUCUUACCAAUGGGUUCCUUAUUGUUUUCCUAUUACUGUUUCUCUACACAGAUUGCAUUCAUCUUGUUUCUAUUUUGCUUGGAUAAAGGAGCAUUAGGGGCCAAGUUUACAAUAAUUAACAAGUGUGAUUACACGGUGUGGCCUGGGAUUCUUGCCAAUGCUGGCAGCUCCGCAUUGGAUACCACCGGCUUCCACCUCCCAUCCGGCGGAUCGAGGAGCUUUCAAGCCCCACCCAAUUGGUCAGGCAGGUUUUGGGGCCGGACCGGCUGCAAUUUUGACCCCAAUACCCAACAGGGCACCUGCACCACAGGGGAUUGUGGCUCCAACCAACUUGAAUGCAAUGGUGCCGGGGCAGACCCACCCGUAACACUAGCCGAGUUCACAAUCGGGUCGGGUUCCCAAGCCCAGGAUUAUUACGACGUCAGCCUGGUUGACGGAUACAAUCUACCUAUGAUGGUGGAUGCGGGUGGCGGAUCGGGUGAAUGUGGGUCAACGGGUUGCGCAGCUGACCUGAACCGGCAAUGCCCGAAUGAGUUGAGGGUUAGUAACCGAGUGGCAUGCAAGAGCGCGUGUGAAGCGUUUCAGAGGGCGGAAUACUGCUGCAGCGGCACCUACGCUUCACCUGCCACAUGCAAGCCUUCGGUUUACUCCACGAUGUUCAAGAGCGCGUGCCCCAAAUCGUAUAGCUACGCAUACGACGACCCUACGAGUACGUUUACGUGUACGGGAGCUGAUUAUACCAUCACAUUCUGCCCUUCAACCACAAGGGCCGAACGGGUCAGGAUGCAACUAGAUCUAUAUCCAGAAUCACAAAUCGCAGUGUUUUGUUUUGGAUCAACAAGCACAAAACCGUACAAAGAGGUUGGGUUUAUUUGGACUUUUAACUCUUAUUUGGACUUUUAACUCUUAAUAGGAAGAAAC